GAAUUUUAAAACAAUCGAUGAAUAUGAAAAAGGCAAGGGAUAUAAUGGAUUCAUAAAUUUCACUAGUGCUCAUCAGUUGGGAGUAACUAGGAAAAUUUGUUUCAAUGAUACACUAAACUACGAAAUGAUGAAAGCUUUAUCAACAAGCACACACACACAAUAAUGCAAAAUAAAUUAGUCUGUAUCACCUUACCAUUCAAAGGUGACAAUGGACUAGAAGUAGUUAGAUGAAGACUGAAGAAGUAAGUCUAUCAGAAGGACUUAUUACGCAUUACUAAAAAGUUGUUAUAACAAUCAAGCAAAGAUAUGGCUCCAAUUCUUGACAUAUCAAAAUAUAUAUAUCAAUUUGAAAGUACCUGCGGGAGCAAGUACAUUUGUUGUACGGAGAGACGUCUAUUUACUCAAAUGGUUGAAGUAUGCCAAGAAGAAUACCUCAAGGAGCUUGAUAAUGAAACACUUAAUGGAUUAUAGAUAUGAUAUCGAUACCUUACUCACAUGCUAUAAGAUGCGUCGAUGCAAACAAAGAACUUUCUGCCAAACUGAAUACCACCGCAAAUUAUCUGGACAGGUUAACUCCAAUGAAUAUUCUUAAUGAAAAAUUGCAUAUUUCGUGUACUGAGUCAUUAGAUAAUCAAAUAGGUUGGCUUGUUCCUGGUUUCUUGGCGAGAAUUACAGAUGGUCGAUAUGCAUGUUCAGUGUUUUGGCGUCCUUUGAAAGACAAUCGAAAUAAUCAUCAUAAUAAUAAUCUAUUAUCCUGAUUGUAUUGUAAAUAAAUUGUUUUUGAUAAUCUGGUGUUUUUUUUUCAAUUUGUAUAUUUACACCUCGUUUUAACAUUGUAUAGUUUAAUGACUUGAAUGAAC